AUGAAGGAGUUGUAUGAAAACCUGACCAUGAACGAAAUGAGCCAUAUGUUUUCUGACGAUAUCUUGAGCUCCUUCUCAGACCAGAAGGCGAUUAAUGAUCUAAACGAGCUGCCAGAAUCUUGCGAUGACUUUCUCUUUGACCCGGCCACUCCUUUGUUUGAUUUCCAAGAGGAUGCAGUCAUGAAUGAUUAUCUCUUCUCGCUGGGAACCGGUUUUGGCGGUGUCGAUAAAUAUGACCAUGAAAAUUCCACUCCAGAUUCCACCCGUUUAAUUAGGGAUUUCUCGCUACCGAAAAGUGUUGAUACAUUCCUGGAAGAUUACACAGAAAAUGACAUUUGCACAAAUUCGCAUCUUAGUGAAGAUAAUUUAUCUAGGACUUCUAAAUCUAAGGCACGGUCGUAUAAUCACACAUCAGAUUUCCUAGGAACAAGCACUAGUGAACCCAACGUGUUUUACCUCGGAAUGAACGAUGUCUACUCGGACGGGAUUGAGUUCAUCUCUCGUGACACAGCGUUUGAUAGCGGAAGUAGCAGCAGCUGCUCCAGCGAGUGUAGCAGUGGUUACAGUGGCGAGUGUAGUAGUGGCUACAGUGGCGAGUGUAGUAGUGGUUACAGUGGCGAGUGUAGUAGUGGCUACAGUGGCGAGUGGAAUGCUGUGGGGAAAAACGACAAGAAUUUGGUUGUUCUAGGUGUAGAUAUAUCUAAUUUGAUGCAUGAUUAUGCAAUGAAGUACCCGCCAGAACCGGAGUCGUUUGUCAGGCCAGCAAAAUCCAGACUGGCUCCCAGCCCUAGCAGCUCUAUGAAACCAUCAGGAUAUAUCGUGACAAGCCCCAGCUUGAGCCACAGCUGUGUGUAUGCUGCAUCGUCGUCGCCAUGUUUGCUCCCAUCAUUGAAACGCCACAUUGUCCUAACAUCCAAAAAAUCCUUACUUGUAAAAUCAAACUUAGGCUGUAGCAGGUCAAAGGUUAAUUCCCGAACAAAGCUACCACACGGAGCAGGUCACCGCAUGACCGUGACUGGGGUGGAUCCCAUGCUGGGAAUGUACCCGGGUGGAUGUAGCCCAGUGACGUCACCCAGAAGCUCAAACUGUUUAGAAUAUUCGGUAACCAUCGCAAGAUCAUCAUCAUCAUCAUCAACAUCUUCAGCGUCGUCUACAACCUCAGCUCCAGAGAUUAAAAUGGAAGAAAAGGUUUACCCUUGCACAUUCAAGGACUGUAACAAGGUCUACAGUAAAAGCUCGCACCUAAAGGCACACCUGCGAAGGCACACAGGCGAGAAGCCGUUCCACUGUUCUUGGCCUGCCUGUGAUUGGAAGUUUUCUCGAUCCGACGAACUAGCCCGCCACAAACGCUCACAUUCCGGGGUCAAACCCUACAAGUGUGACAUAUGCAUCAAGUGUUUCAGCAGAUCCGACCAUUUGGCCAAACAUAAAAAAGUCCACAGGAAGAACAAAUAA